CACGCUCUAUCGCCUCUCCGUUGCUCGAGACGGUCACACAGUCGGCGGCAGGCGAGUUCCUGACGCUUUACCAACAGAUUAAAAGAAAAGUAAUAUUAAUAAGAUACACUCGCUGAUUUUAAUCCCGCCGUCAGUGUUUCCCGAGAAUGAGCUUCGCCAGGGGUGUGGUGGUAGGGUGUCUUGCCACGGCGGGCCUAGUCACCCUUCCUAAGGUACUUGAAGGGUAUGGAACGUUCUUGCCUUCUGCUGCUUCUCCUCCACGUGUUGAGUCUCCUGAGGAAGUCCAGGCUGCAGCUGAGAAGUUAAAAGAAGCAGAAAUACUUGCAUAUGGCAAGCCUGAAGGAGGACGUAUCAAAAGAAUACUUGGAAACCAUGUUUUGGAAUAUGACUGCAGCCACAAAAUUCCAGUUUGGGUGGCACAGCAUCUCACUGCAUCAUCACUUAAGGGAGAAGCUGACAGGAGGUUUUCGGAAUUCAGGAGUGAUCCGCAGAUUCCUCCCAUGUUCUCAGCACAAAAUGCAGACUAUCGAGGAUCUGGGUGGAGCCGAGGCCAUAUGGCCCCAGCUGGAGAUAACAAGUUAUCACAGGAUGCGAUGAAUAAUACAUUCUACCUCUCAAACAUUUUGCCACAAGACAUCCAGAACAAUGGAGGGUUUUGGAACAGGAUGGAAAUCUACUGCCGAGACCUGACAAAGUCCUUUGAUGAUGUGUGGGUCACUUCAGGUCCCCUGUUCCUUCCUACCAAAGGAGAGGAUGGAAAGAAGUCUGUCACAUAUCAGGUCAUUGGUGAAAAUGAGGUAUCUGUUCCUUCACACCUGUACAAAGUAAUCAUUGCUAAGAAGAAUGACCAGCUUGUUACCGGAUCUUUUGUUGUUCCCAACAAGCCUAUCGGAUAUUCCCAUCACCUGAAGGAGUUUCAGGUUCCUAUGGAAUAUGUGGAGAAAAAAGCUGGUGUUCGUUUCCAUUCUAGCCUGGAAAGGUCACAGGCAGAAAACUUAUGUGAAGUAACAGGCUGUAAUAUGAUGACCAAAGCUGAGCUUGAUCAGUAUAUUUUCCUAAGGAGACUCAGGCGGGCUAAUAACCUCAAGAAACUAGAAAAAAUCUGGAAGGAAAUUCAGGAAAAGGAAGUCCCCAUCAAUGCAGCACUAACAGAAGUGUACCAGAAGUAUUCAGUCGAAUUUGCAAAAGCGCAAACUUGUCCAGUAGAUCAGAAGCAAGAACCAAAGAAAUCUGAUAUAGCCUGUGAUAAUAGUGAUGUUAAAAAAGCUGCCAGUUCAGGAGGAUAAUUUUGUCACAUUAAGAUAUUAGGUGUUGAAAAUUGUGCCCAAAUUUAUCCUUUUCAGUAAAAUUUAAAGAAAUUUGUUGACACAUCUUUUACACAAUGAUUAACAGUAUUGCAUUGAUAAAUUGAGUAUGACUUUUCAAUUCAGAUCACUUCUAAUAAAGAAAAAAUGCAAA